AAGAUAUCUAAAUUUAUAUCCAUUGUAGAAAACUUCCAGGGGAUAAAUUCUAUGUGAUUACAUAGGGAUAUAAUAUACAAUCACUAUCAAGAACCAAGAAAUUUUACAUAUACUCCAUGGAUAGCUAUUUGCCUUGUAUACUUACUGGUUUCAUAUUUUAUGCCUUUGGCUUAAAAUGGUGUUACGAAUAUGCCAAGUAUUGGGUAUCUUUGAGACCUAGAGAUGAUUCGCAUGCCACAAAAGGACUCAGAUUUAUAGAGAAAUGUGAAAGACUUAUAAACAGACAUCCUAUAGAAGGAAGCUUGAAGCUGAUAGCAACUGCUGUAGGGUUAGCUGGUACAAUAACCGGUGGUUUACAACAAGUUGGAACUGUUUCUCCAAAAGUGGUACUCGCUACUAUCUAUUUGUUUUUUGCAUUUUCUGGUCUAGUUGAUGUUUUGAACUUUUAUUUUCCUCAUAAUGUAAGCGAAGGAUUGGUGAAACUGGCACUUGCUCAAAGCUUUUUCAUAGAAGGAUUUCUUUUCUUAUGGGGAAGUGUUGGAAGUAAUGCGUUAGUUGAUAAAAUCUUAGCUCUCAUAGUAUGGACAACAGCUUUGGCUAUUACUUUAGAACUUGUCUGGCCCGAAUUAAAACUUUUAAGAGCUUGUACAACGUUGCUUCAUGGUGGUUGGAUAGCACAUGUUGUUCGUGUAUACCAUUCGGUACCAAUGUUGCCAGAAGGUAUUGCACUGAUAUUUUCUUGGCAUGUAGCUGCUGCUUCAGCAGUAACAUUAUGUGUAGUAGCAGCGACGAGAAGUUGUGCUCCUAAACUGAUAAUGGAAGAACCACCAGAGAUUCCUAUUUAUGACUAUUGUCAAGAACCAGAUCAAAGAAUGUAGGUCACCGAAGUGAAAGCAAUAUAAUUUUGUGCCAAUAUAAAAUUUUAGCAAUAUGCACAAAAGUAAUAUUUUUAGAGUAGUAUAUUAUUAGUACU